AUGGCGGACAGGGCUCCGGGCGGGAGGCCCUCGAGGCCGUGUGUUGGGACGCGCAGGUGGCUGAAGGGCGAGACGCCGCAGGAGAAGAAGGUUGUACCGGCACCCCGCGGGGAGAGGCCGCGCCUCCUCCCGGAACUGGCCGGCGCGGCGGGGCGGGCGCUGUGGCAGCGGGGCCGCCGCGCGCGCCGGGCCUUGGAGGUCCUUCCUGCAGUAGGAGGCCGGGUCCUGCGCUCAGAGCCCGAGGCGAGGCCGGAGGACACCCCGGAGGAAGCGGCUCCUGAAGUGCCCCGGGCUCCAUCCCUGCGGGGGGUGCCCCCGGGCUCCUGGGAUUCCUGGGAGGGCGAGGAGGACCGGGAGCCCGGCGAGCCGCUCGGCGGUCGGACGAGCCGCACGGCGUCCCUGGUGAGCGGGCUGCUCACCGAGCUCUACAGCUGCACCGAGGAAGAGGAGGGGGCCGGCGGGGGCCGAGGGCCCGCGGCCCGCGGCGACAGCCUCGAUAGCUCCACGGAGGCCUCCGGCUCCGACGUGGUUCUGGGCGGGCGCGGCGGGGCGGGCGGCUCGAACGUGCUUCAGGAGCUGCAGGAGCGGCCGAGCCAGCGGCACCAGAGGCAGUACCUGCAGCAGAAAGGUGAGGGCCUGGGAGGGGAAUCCUGGAGGGGUGGGGGGGCGGCGGGAGCCGGCCCCUGCCGGGUCUGCCCCGGCUGCAGCGCUCACCAGUGUGCACCCGGGCUGAAUGAACCAGCGCACAGACACCAAGUUUGCAGGGUCUCUUUUCAUCUGUCGCUGGUGUCCACGGGGUCACGGAUGCAUGAGUGGACGUAUUUCUCGUCUCCCCCACCCCCAACCCUUCCAACAGUCGAGUGGAGCAGCAGUGGUUGGAGAGGUAGCGGCGGUUCUCCACCCCACCCCACCCCACCCCAUGUGUUUGUGGGGUCUCAGAGGGGCUCGAAAGUCGAAUUUCUAAUUUCUCCAGAACAGCUGUGAGGACAGGUUUGGAGUUUCUGACAAGUGUACGUGAAGUCCCAGAGGGCUCCGGGAGAAGAGAGGUGCCUGGGGCUUUAACAAACAAUAAAAUAAUAAAAUCAAUACAAUAAUCCGCCCCGCUGGUCACACCAGUUGGAUAGUGUUUAACCAGUGAGGCAGAAUAAUGCGAUAAUGCGGUUUCUAAGCAGAACGAGUGAAUUCCGUUUCUGCCAAACGUCUGGUUUCAAGCAACUCGCCGGCUGGCGUUUUUAUUAGUGGGGGGCCCUGGAGUGCUGGCUUCGUCACAGGAGUCAGCCGCUGGCGGGGACCUUCUGUUGGAGAGGUCAUCCGAAAACGGCCUUGGUUUUCAGGGGGAAAGGCUAAUUGGGUGUUUUUCUUGCUAUCAGACUCUGAUGCUGUGCCCUAAUUGAGACCCCCCCCCCGCCCCCGCCUCAACUGUUCAUAAAUAGCUUUUCUUUCUGGUACAAACACAAGUAUUGCAGUUGUCUUUUCAAAAUAGAUGUAGCAAGGCCUUGAUUUACAAAAUGAAGUGAGGUGUGGACAACAGAUGCUAAGCCACCACCACGUUUCUCCAAUUAAUGUCCUUGUGCUAAAUAACCAGGGGAGAGGGGAAAGAGAGAAUUCGUACCAUGUAGAAUGACCUCCUGUUUCUUCUAAUUGAAAAAUCAGACUAGCUGUUGCCAGAAAACAAAACAAAA